CAGGACCCUGCUGCCGGGCCAUGGCGCUGAGGGAGCUCAAAGUGUGUCUUCUGGGGGAUACAGGCGUGGGUAAAUCGAGUAUUGUAUGGCGCUUUGUGGAAGACAGUUUUGAUCCAAACAUCAACCCAACAAUAGGGGCAUCUUUUAUGACCAAGACUGUCCAGUACCAAAAUGAACUACAUAAAUUCCUAAUCUGGGAUACAGCUGGACAAGAACGAUUCCGUGCCUUAGCACCAAUGUACUACCGCGGGUCCGCUGCAGCCAUCAUCGUUUACGACAUCACCAAAGAGGAGACGUUUUCAACGCUGAAGAAUUGGGUGAAAGAGCUUCGACAGCACGGCCCGCCCAACAUCGUGGUCGCCAUUGCGGGCAAUAAGUGCGAUCUCAUCGACGUCAGAGAAGUCAUGGAGAGAGAUGCUAAGGACUACGCCGACUCCAUUCAUGCAAUUUUUGUAGAGACCAGCGCAAAAAACGCGAUAAACAUAAAUGAACUCUUUAUAGAAAUUAGUCGAAGGAUUCCAUCCACAGAUACCAACCCGCCGUCUGGUGGCAAAGGUUUCAAACUCCGCAGACAGCCUUCAGAGCCCAAGCGAAGCUGCUGUUGACUGCACCUCAGCCCCUCAGACUUGCCGAUGAAGUAGGUGGUCCUGAAAGUUGGCAGGAGGGCUGGGGUCCCUGCCAGCAGUUUUUGCCUAGGCGGUCUGGAGUUGUCUUCAUGCAAAGAGGGUUCUCAGAAAUGGACCAGUGCACUCUCUGGAAGACUGCAGUGGUGGUGUCUCAGUCUACAGACUUCUGUCAUGUGAGGAACCCCUGGUGCACACAGGGACUGCGUCACCAGCUUUGACCUCGCUGAAGAGGAACGUAUCAUUGUACGGAUGGUAGGAUUAAAUUGCUAAGUAGUUUUGUAAUCAAGACUUUAUGUAAUGUUUGUAAAGGGAAAAUUAGCACUUUUGUGGUUCUUAAGGGGAAGACAUACCUUGUGGAGAUUAUAAUGUUCUUGGUUUCCCACUACCACUUUUAGGGGGAGUUGUAGCAUUUAAAAUGUGGUAGGAUAUCGUAAUGGGGGGCAAUUAUUAUUUGAAGCCCAAACGGGUUAUUUAUAGGCCUCAUGGAAACAGUUCCCUCCCACCAUCUCUAAAGCACUUUCGUUGACUGGAUUGGGUGAGGGUACAUACAGGAAAUCAGCAGCGAUAAUUGGAAAUGCCUCGUGCACUUGGGUCUGCAUUUGACGUGCUGUGUGUGACCAAGCACAGUUGGCACCUUUUUAAGGAAAGUCUCACGAUCAAGAUGGUGGCGGUCGAGGAGCCCCAGGAUGAACAGACCUGCACAUGACUGCACUGGCCGGCAGUGGUGUCGAGAGAAGGGAGGAGAGGGCACCGAGGAGGUGUGUCCAUCUGUCCAUCAGUCAGUUAUUUGACACAAGCAUUUUGGUGGGGAGAGACGGGGGUCUGUGGCUUAGCGUAUGUAAAGUUGUAGUCUGUAUUUAUGAGACCAUUACUUAAAGGUCACAAAUUCUGUAAAUACAUGAAUAAAUUCUAAGUUUCAUUCAGCACCCCUUUA